AUGAAGUUGUGCCAGAAAGAAGGUGUUACAUAUAGGGAAUUGCAACCCAAAUCAAUGGGUACAUUGACGAGGAAUGAAACAGCGAGUGGUAGCAAUUUGCGUCUUAAGUUAUUAAAGACUUGGACUGUACCACCGAAGAUUAAACCCGGUAGAAAGCCUAAAGUGAAUAAUAGCAAUCCUAACGAAGCUUCUGAUGAAGAUGAUGACAUAGAUACGAAUGGAAAACGAAGACGGCAGAACCGUGAAGCCCAAAGAGCAUAUAGAGAACGCCAGGCGAAAAGAUUCAGUGAGUUAGAGGACGAAAAGGCCCUGUUGGAGCAAAAAAUUGUGAAAAUUAAACAGGAACUAGUGAGCGUUGAGGCUGGCUAUCGCGUAAAAUUAGCCGAAAUGGAACGGCAGAACGGAAUACUACUGAAUAGGAUUAGAAUUCUUGAAUCUAAUGCUAAGAUCCAUAAUGUUGAAUCACAACAGGCGAAUACGACAUUGAUAUCUAUUCGUAGGAAGAAAGUGCCGAAUACGCUUGUGAAUUUACCUGUUUUCAAGAGGUUAACUGACUCGAGUGAAUCAGAAAUUUCUGCAGCAAGAAGUAAUAGCUGUAGGAUUGACGGUCCAGGUGACGAGGGCUGCGGCUUUUGUUUCAACGGAUCCACAUGUGUUUGUAAACAAAAUGGUGCAUUUUAA